AUGAGUGGUUACGAUAGAGCAUUAUCAAUUUUUUCACCCGAUGGACAUAUCUUUCAGGUGGAGUAUGCAAUGGAAGCAGUUAAGAGGGGUACAUGCACUGUAGGUGUUAAAGGUUCAAAUUGCGUGGUACUUGGCUGUGAACGUAGAUCUACCCUUAAACUGCAAGACCCUAGAAUCACACCAUCAAAGAUAGCUAAGAUUGAUGACCAUGUUGUAUUGUCCUUUGCCGGAUUAAAUGCAGAUUCACGUAUUUUGAUUGAAAAGGCCCGUGUGGAGGCACAAUCACACAGAUUGACUUUAGAAGAUCCAGUUUCUAUUGAAUAUAUGACCCGUUAUAUCGCAGGUAUACAGCAAAAAUAUACACAAUCUGGUGGUGUGAGGCCUUUCGGUGUAUCCACCCUAAUUGCUGGGUUUGAUGGUCCAAAAGACCAGGUACCACGUCUAUAUAUGACUGAACCAAGUGGGAUUUACUCAUCUUGGUCUGCUCAAACCAUCGGUAGAAAUUCAAAGACUGUUAGAGAAUUCUUAGAAAAAAAUUAUGAUCCAAAAAGCCCACCCUCUACUGUAGACGACACAAUUAAAUUAACAAUAAAGGCCUUGCUAGAAGUAGUUCAAACAGGUGCCAAAAAUAUUGAAAUAACUGUUGUGAAGCCUGGUAAUCAAAUAGAAAAUUUGACCUCAGAUCAAAUCAAUACAAUUGUUCAAGAUAUUGAAGCGGAAAAGACAAAUGCGAAAUGA